AUGGAGGAUCAGCGACAGUUCGUUACUGCUUACUUGGCCCAACCGUACCUCUUCAACUCCCUCCCACGGACGCCUUACCCUGAAACAAAUUUCACGUCGAUACAGUCACUAAUUGUGCAUCAAACAGCACUAACUGCUACGGAUGAAGCAGCCACUUCGUCCCACACGCCUACUCCCGGCACUCUGAAAUACUUUUGUGCUCUACCCGGCCCGUUACAAGACCUGAUUCCAGAGGAUGUGACUCCGGAGAAGCUAGAGGCGGCGAGGCAGGCAGCGCUGGCGCCGUUUAUCAAGCUGGACCAUUACAACGCUCUGAUGGAGCUGCUGGGAGGGCGGAGAUUCGAGCAGUUUGAGGUGCAGGGGACAGGAACAGAGAUCAAGGUGCACUCCAGGGUUACUGAAGCGUAUCCGUGCAUUUUUCAUCAAUCUGGGGAUAAGCUGAAGAGGGGGGUCGUGAAUGAGAUUGUGGAGAAUGGGACCCUGGAUGCUGUUGCGUUUGGAGGGAUGGUUUAG